UGUAGCCUUGUUCGGCAAAGGAAAAUAAAAUUAAAUUGUUUUGCUUUUAAUUUAUUUUUUAUCGAUGUAAUCGAACAAGUAAUAUCAACUACUGAUGAUCAGAUUGUAUCAGAAUGCUUGGAGAUUUAAAAGAUAUCGCUUUAUGAUGACACAACACGCAGUGAACAGAUAUAAAACCCAAUGCAUUCAGUUGGUUUUGCAUUAUUAAGAACAAACAAGUUGCAGGAGAAUGCUUUUUCCUGGGAUUCCACUGUUGCUGUUUUUCGCUUCUUUGGAGCAGGUGCGAGCCAAAUAUGAGAGUCGACUGGAGUCGAUUAAAAGGAUCGACGGAGACACCGAAACGCUGUUCGAGUUCAACUUGCGGGUCAUUGGACGGGACAAUCUGGCGAAUGGAUCCAUGAACUUCCUGGCUGACCUGUCCGACGAGUUCGAAGUGUCGACCCUGCUGUAUGUCCUUCAGCGCGGCGAGUGGAGGUCCUCGAACAUCGGCGUUUGCUACAAGUCCUGCACUUACAUCGCGAUCAUUUACGCCACCUACUUCGCGCCCUCCUUCAAGGACUCCAACUUCCCGAUCGACAAGGAGUCGUGCCCCAUCAAGAAGGGGGAGUACUACGUAAGGAACGCAGACCUGUCCGGCGCCACUUGGGCCAACUUUGGCAAGACGGGCCUGAACAAGUGCAUCAUCACGAUUAGAAAGGACGACGUGGUCUUCGGGGGAUUGGAGGUCGUCGUGGUCCUAACGGAGCAGCGUUUCUAGACUUGGUCUUAGACCAGCAGUAAAACUGCGGAAAUGUGUUUGCAAUUUCUCUAAAUGACGCACCACGAUUGGAUUGA